AUGAAAGAAAGCUGUGAGAUUACCUACUUUACCUAUCCGCAUUCACCACAACCGCUACCUACCCGAGUGAUUUUUUCUUCUCCUUGUGGAUCGUUUGGAGGGCUAACUCUUUCGUCUACGAUCGCGCAACCUUCUUGGCUGGCACCUAAGAGAUCUGAGGGUAUCUCCAGAGUCCAGAUAAGACCCAACACCAUGUCAAUGCCGCAGUCCUGA